AUGGACUUAAGUGCUAUUAAGAGGUUGUUGCAAUCCAGAAGACCAAGUGAUGAGUACAUAGCUGGGGUACAGGGUUUUCUUAAGUUUGCCUAUAGUGGGAAAAAGUCCGAUGCAAAGAUUCAAUGCCCCUGUGUCAAAUGUGUCAAUAGACAAUUACAAAUGCAAGAAACAGUGUAUGAGCACUUAGUGUGUGAUGGAAUGCUACGUGGAUACACUAUAUGGGGCUAUCAUGGGGAAACCGCAUCUUAUAUCUCUGCUAACAAAGAUUCAGAGUCACCACGUCCAAGUUUAAACACUAAUAUGCGCCAAGUACUCCAAGAAGCCUUUGGAUAUAUAGACGAUGAACAUCACACAAAUGGACCUCACGCAUCAGGUUUAUCUGAAGAUGGGCCAGAUGCGGAAACACAAGAUUUCUUUGAUUUGCUUAGGGCUGCUGAUGAACCUUUAUGGGAAGGAUAUGAGAGAUUUCAACUUUAUGCUACAAUAUUGCAUACUGUGAGUGACUACCUUGGGACAGGGAUACUGGCACAGUACGGUGUUAUGGGACAGUUGGGUUGUGUGUCCUGUGAAGAUGAAACAAGUUCAAUACGCUUGAAGCAUGGCCUCAAGCAAUGUUUCAUGGGACACCGACGAUGUCUACCCACUGGCCAUGAGUUUCGUUAUGAUGCCAAUUCAUUUGACGGAACCGAAGAGCAACGGUUGAGACCUAUUUCUCAUUCUGGAGUAUCUCUUUUGGAAAGGAUAAAAUCAAUUAAAGACUUUGAGAAGUCCAAAACAUGGAAGGGUGUUAGUGGCCUAUUUUGUUUGUCUUACUGGAAAGAACUGAAUGCAAAAGUUCUCCACAUGAAUGAACUUGAGAAGUUAGAGGACCGAAUCAUAAUGACGUUAUGCCGGAUGGAGAUGAUAUUCCCUCCUGGGUUUUUCACUAUCAUGGUGCAUCUAGUUCUUCACUUAGCAACAGAGGCAAAAAUAGGUGGUCCUGUAUGUUAUCGAUCAAUGUAUUUUGUGGAAAGGUACCUUGGUGAUUGGAAGUCAAACGUGAGAAAUAAAGCUCGUCCAGAGGGCUGCAUUGCAGAAUCAGUUCUGGCAAAAGAGGCUAUGCACUUUUGUUCAACAUUUCUUGAUGGUUUUCAGACAUUGUCUAAUAGGCUUUCGCGGAAUGAUGAUAAUGAGGAGUCACUUGGAUGCUCUACUAGACAUGCAUCAACUCUUUUUCCUCAAUCUGGGAAACCACUUGGGAAGCCAAGUAGUUAUGUCCUGAGAGAGCUCAUGCUGAAGAGAUCAUUGGAAAAGGUAUUGGACGUAGAGCCAGUCAUAGAGAUGUUGAGAAAAUCCAAAAUGAGAAGUUCCAUCAAUGGUUUAGAGGUCAUGCCCAAACGGUUGGAUAGGGUGACACAAAAUAGUGGUGUAGUGCUAACUGCAAAAACAUCAAGUUAUGCCAGUGCAAGUGAUGGUAGGCCAGUUUUAGGUGAUGUGACUUACUAUGGGAGGAUAAUUGAUAUUAUUGAGCUAAACUACUCUGGGAAUUUUUCUGUGGUACUUUUCAAAUGUGAAUGGGUUGAUGUUCUUUCUAAAAGAGGAAUAAAGAAGGACAAGUAUGGCUACACACUAGUUAAUUUCUCACACCUGAUACAUACAGGAGAAAAGUUUGUUCAUGAACCGUAUAUUUUCCCUAACCAAGCUGACCAGGUGUUUUAUGCUGAAGACAAAGAAAACCCUGGGUGGUCUGUAGUCAUGAAGAUGAAACCAAGAGAUAUAUAUGACACAGGUUGUGAUGGAUGGGAAGAUGAUGUAGAAAAUGAGCCAUUCCAUGUCACACACCUUGGAGAUAUGUUCAAUAAUGCAAAUGUAAGACAUCAAUGGGCUAGAACAGACAUUGAGGGAACCACGGUGGAUGCUAGUGAUGCUGUGGAUGCUAGUGGCAAUGGAUUGAAUGACCAAUCAUAG